AUGCCUGUCUCACUUAUGAUGACUAUCGGUGAUCAUUUUGAAGAAAAAAUUAUUAAAUUCGGUAAUGAAGAUUCUAAUGAAGAUCAUGAUCAUCCAGGCCAAUCAGUAAUUCAGAAUUGUAGAUCAUACGUUCUUCCACUUCUGAAUACUCAAAUGAAAGUACGAAUGAUUGACGCAUCUGGAAUGGAAGAUACACGUGGCCUUACUCAAGAUGAUGUUAACAUACAACAUAUUAUUUCAUAUAUCAGUAAUCUUUUAUAUUUAAAUGCCAUGUGUAUUCUUCUUAAUAUAUAA